AACUUCUGUUGGGUUUUUUUCAUCUUCUUUCUCAUUCUUCCACCCUCAUGGAACUCAAGUCAGUGCAUCUAAGGUUUAGAAGAAGAAUUUUAAAAUCCCUAGGUUAGGAUGUAAUUUCAGGCACACAGAGGUGGCUACCAGAAAUGAGGGGGAGUUGAUUUUAGUCAUGUACCAGAUUUAUAGAGGGUGGGAAAAAAAAAUUAUUUAAAAUUAUCUUUGGUUUUAAAAGUACUGUAUAAUAUUUAUUAGACAUUAAUGUCAUAGGUAUACAUGCAUUUGAUACAUGUAGCAAAAAGAAAUCUUUAAAUAUCUGUCAUAUUUUCAGUAACUUCAAAUGACAGGGUCAAGUAGAGGAAGAGGAUGUUCUGCAUUUACAUUCAACAUUGAGGCCAUUGGUUUUGCUAAAGGUGCUGCUCUGCCUGAUGUCACAUGUCAGCCUCCACCACCCUUCCCUGGAAGUUUAGACAAUCUCGAGGCAGAAGUUGUGGUUUUAUGUAAGUGAAUUUCCCGCCUAUGGGAGGAUUUGAUCAAGAGUACAGACAAUAAGCCAGUGCCUCUGAAAACAGGAGAAGAUGAAGAUUACAUGUUGGCCUUAAAACAAGACCUUAGAGGAACUAUGAAAAAAAUGCCAUAUUUUGUGGCAGUAGAAGAAGAUUGUGAAGGAAAGACUGUAAUUGAGAGGUACAGUAAAAAGUACCAGGACAAGGAGCAUCCAACAUGGACCCCAGAUUGGAGGAGGCUCCCAAGAGAGAUGAAGCCAAGGAAGAACAAGAAAGGAGGUGCAAAACCAAGAAAGGCAAAAAGCUCUGAGCCUAAAAGUAAUGUGGAUACUUUGAAAAAAAAUGAGCAACUGGUAAAGGGAAAUCAUCUCAAUUUAUUACACGAGACAUACUUUUGUAGACUUCAAGUCCGAUGGCUAAUGCUUGAUCAAUGGGGAAGAUGUGCUGUUGCUGUAAAUGUUAUAAAAGAGAGUGCCUUGUGACAAGAGUUGGAAAAGAAGGAUGAUGAAGAAGAAAAAUCUGAAGAUGAGAAAGACAAAACAAAAGACAAAGAAGGUGAAGAUGAUGAAGAUGCAGAAGACUCAGAGGAAUAUGAUGAAGAAGAGCAAGAAGAGGAAAAUGAAUACAUUUCUUCAUAUUUUGAAAACGGAGAUGACUUUAGUGCUGGCAGUGCUGACAAUAUGGAUGAAGCAACAUACUAGCUAUUGUUCCUGGGUGGUAUCCUGCUCAAGCCAUACAAUACCUGAAGCAGAAUUUUGGAAGUGGGCCAAGUAUGAACUGAACUAAUGCUUCAGCUCUGUUGGUUUUAAGUAUACUCUACAAAAAUAUGUUGGACAAUUGUUUUUGGUUGCACUAUACUGUAAAACAGGAUAUGAGACCCUGUUUUGUUCUUUUGCCAAAUGUUUCGCAGACUUUCCCAUUCUUAAGGCUUUCUGGAAUGCCAACUGAUGGAUUAAGUGAUAUGCCGUUUUAUUGCCUCUGCACAGAAAAAGAAUGUAUGCAUCUCAAUCAAACUUGUGCCUAAGCAUUUGCACUAGUCAGUUCUAUGCUUCAGCAGUCACGUCAUGAAAAUAGUAAGUGAAAUUCUUGAUGACUGCAGCAGAGAUCUGGCCUUUAUGGACAUAAGCUGCUCGUAUUUGGCAGCUACUUCUGCAAAGGAAUUUAUGCAACUUCUGAAUUCAGGUGACUAAGAAUAUUUAAUGACUAAGCACUUUAAUAUAAACUGGCUUGAAUGUACCUUUGUAAUAUGGACAAACAACAUGAUAAGAGUAUUUUGAAGAGCUAUUAUUCUACUUAAAAAAACUCAUUAUUUUUUGUAUCUUGGUAAAAAAGAGUCUGUAGUACUUAACAAUGCGAAUAAGGUUUAGGAAUAAGCAUUAAGUAAUAAUUAAGGAUAAUUUAAUUUAGAAAGAAUAUAUGGCAGAAUUUUAAGUUCAAGAAAUUAAAAGACUCCUGGUUUUCACCAGUAGCACACAGAUCAGUGACAAGAAUGUCAGUCCUUUCUUUGCCUCAGUUUCUUCAUCCCUAAAGGUGAUACUAACUUUCUUACCUGUUAAGUGAGAUGGCUGAUGAUAGGUACCUAUGUAACUGUUAAUGCAUUUAUUUACUUCCUAAAGAAACAAGCUUAACAGACAGCACAUCAAUACAAAAAAAAAAAACCCAACCAACCCAAACAGAAAACAAACCAACCCCAAUAAACAACCCAGAAAGGUAGGAAAAGAAUGUGAUGAAGUAUUUUAGUACAUGAGGUUUUAAUUAGGAAAACAAAACAAGAAUGCUGAGAAUAGCAAAACUAGAAUGUCUGGAAAUACCCAUUUUACUUAGCAGCCAGCUGAGGUGUAGAAACAGCUUAGAUAAUAAGAAAACUUAUUCCUGGGGUUAGAUACUUGCAGAACACAGUGAGAGAGCAUUCUCUGUGUCCUGUUGUCAUUUGAUGGU